AAUCAAGCAUUAACAUUUGUUGUUAUUAGGACUCGACGACCAAAGGUUUCAAUAUCAUGUAAAAAAUCAACUUAUGCUACUUAACUAAGUAAGAAAGUAACUAAAAAAAUGUUUAUCUCCUAUUGAUGGUCCAUUUGAAAUCAAACUCAACCUGGACCAAACCAUUCUUCAAGUAUGGUUUAAAAUAAUACCAAUGAAACCCAUUUCGUACUAAUUUGUGUGACUUAACACAAUGAGGUAUUUUGAAACAAAAUGAAAAGAUUAGUUAUCUUAUUAACUAGUCCAAACUUUGAUGGCAUAUCCGUAAAGCAUCGAACUUGGAGGACCGAUUUGUUGGUCGUUACUCGUUAGAGAUCGUUGCCGAUCUGGUCCGCAAAGUUUUAAGGACGACGACCAUCGAGAAAAGAUCCAAAGAACGGCAUAACGAUCCGCACCCCAAAAGAAAAUGAGCAAGAAACUUUUCUAUCAUACAAAAAGAAAAGGAAAAGGGCAAGAAAAAUCAGACAAACAAACCAUUUUUGGGAGGCAGAAGGAAGCAGCGACCCGGGCAGCCAGCAGUGUUAUUAUUCCUUCUUCUUCUUCUUCUAUUCUCCCCCGAUCCCCUCGGAGAAUUCUCUCCCUCUCUCUCUCUCUCUCUCUCUCUCUCUGCCUGCCGCAGCAAUUAUACUGAAAUAACUAAUAUCUUUGAAGAAGUUAAGGAAAGUGUUCGUUCCCAUCAGAACCCAGCGAAAAGGGACACCAAAGGUGAGAGCUUUUCUUUACUCUGUUUAUCUCAGUUCUUCCAUCCAUCCAGCUUUCAAUAUUUGAUCUGUUACUUCGUACUCUCCGUACACACCCUCUUCCUUUUCUCCCUCUCUCUAUGAUUGACCAACCCACUUUGCUCAAUUGUCUUCUUUCAAUCUCAGCCUCAAGUGCUUCAACUAGGAAAGAAUACCCUUUUCAAUUUCAGAUCUUCAUUUGGUAAAAUUGAGAAUUUCCGCUGCUUGUUUGCUUGGUCUCCUUAGUUUUGCUUCUGCAUUUGUUUACCCAUCUUGGUCUAUUGAUUAGUUAGCAAUUUGAAUGCUGAUAAAGUUUUGAUCUUUGAUCUGGAGCUGCUACUGGGCUACCCUGCUUUUUUUGAAACUGCUUCAUGUUCUCUAUGUAUUUCUCUGUUCUUCUGCAAGUUCUGAGUGAAUUUAUCUGCUCUUGAGCAGAAAUGAUAAUGACAUGGAAGUUCCCUUCUUCCCCCCUUUUGUGGCUUUUUUCAGAGUUGAUUCCUCUCUAAUUUGGCUUGUAAUCUGAGUGAAGUCGGGACUCAGCUUCAAAAUAAAGGCAGUUUUAUGUAGAGGAAUCCUGCAUAGCGGGAAUUUGCUAAACCCUAAUUCUCUAGUAAGUCAUUUGGUGAGCUGUGAGAAAAUUUGCUGGCCAAUGGAGGCUGCAGCAUUUGAUGCCAGGGUCUCCUUAGUUUUGCUUCUGCAUUUGUUUACCCAUCUUGGUCUAUUGAUUAGUUAGCAAUUUGAAUUCUGAUAAAGUUUUGAUCUUUGAUCUGGAGCUGCUACUGGGCUACCCUGCUUUUUUGAAACUGCUUCAUGUUCUCUAUGUAUUUCUCUGUUCUUCUGCAAGUUCUGAGUGAAUUUAUCUGCUCUUGAGCAGAAAUGAUAAUGACAUGGAAGUUCCCUUCUUCCCCCCUUUUGUGGCUUUUUUCAGAGUUGAUUCCUCUCUAAUUUGGCUUGUAAUCUGAGUGAAGUCGGGACUCAGCUUCAAAAUAAAGGCGGUUUUAUGUAGAGGAAUCCUGCAUAGCGGGAAUUUGCUAAACCCUAAUUCUCUAGUAAGUCAUUUGGUGAGCUGUGAGAAAAUUUGCUGGCCAAUGGAGGCUGCAGCAUUUGAUGCCAGGGUUCCACAACCAGAAGGCGAAGAGAACUUAAUAGAAGCUGCGAAGCAAAUUGUGAAGGCUUUAGGGUCGGGAAAGAAUCUCACGGAUGAUGCAAGGAAAAUUUUGGCUGACCUGGGCACCCAAUUGUCCACCAUAAACAUAAUCAGUGAGGACAAGGACGGCGACAUAGGCGAGCUCGAGGCACAGUUGGAUGCAAUUCAGGAGAAGAUUGCGAAUUGGGAGGCUGACCAGUCUAUGAUAUGGGAUUCAGGUCCCGAUGAAGCUGGUGAGUAUAUGAAUGUCACUCUAGAAGCCCAAAGAUUGAUUGAAAGAUUGGAGAAUUUUUGCCCUGAUGGUGGUGGUGGAGAUGAUGCUGGUAGAAGGGAUUUGCUACGCAGGGCGCACGAUGUGCUUCAAAUGGCAAUGGCAAGGCUCGAGCAGGAGUUUACACACUUGCUUGUACAAAACCAGCUACCAUUUGAGCGAGACAAUGUAGCAUCUUUCCGUUCAAAUGAAGAUGAUGGUCUCGAUUUCAACUCGUUUGUCUCCAAUGGUGAUGAUCUUGAGGACCCGAGUAUUAGAGAUAGCAGCGUCAGCAGGAGCUGGGAGGAGCUCGCCAUUGAUAUGGUACACCCUGAUGCUAUCCCGGACCUUAGAGAUAUUGCUGAGUUGAUGUUUGUUUCUGGUUAUGGUCACGAAUGUACACAAGCAUAUAUCACUGUUAGAAGAGAUGCCUUGGAUGAGUGCCUGUUCAUUCUCGAAAUGGAGAAACUGAGCAUCGAGGAUGUACUGAAAUUGGAAUGGGGGAGCCUUAAUUCCAAGAUUAAAAAGUGGAUCCGAGCUUUGAAACAAUUUGUCCGAGUCUAUCUUGCCAGCGAGAGUUUCCUCAGCGAGCAGAUCUUUGGACAGCUCGAGCAAUCAUCAUGGUCAGUUUGUUUCAUCGAGGCAUCAAAGGGAUCAAUGCUGCAGCUGUUGAACUUUGGGGAAGCCAUAUCUAUCGGUCCUCACAAACCAGAGAAGCUCUUUCCUAUCCUUGACAUGUACGAGACCCUUUCAGGUAUGAUUCCCGACCUAGAUUCUCUAUAUGCAAGUGGAGCUGGUUCGUGUGUUAGAACCGAUUGCCACGAGCUUCAAAGAAGGUUAGGCGAUUCAGUUAGGGCAGCAUUUUUGGAAUUUGAGAAUGCAAUCGCGACGAGCACUUCAACAAUUGCUUUCGCUGGAGGAGGGAUCCACCAUUUGACACGCUACGUUAUGAAUUACCUCAAUACACUCACUGACUACCAGGAAUCGUUGAAUUACCUCCUGAAAGACCACAAUAGACAGAAUGCUGUUGUUAUGUCGCCUGAUCUAGCUCCGUCAACAAGGCAAGAAGACGAUGCCAGCGGGGAACCUGCUGCAGACGAUUACGCAACCAUGGCUCUACACUUCAGGUCGGUCACUUCGAUCCUGGAGUGCAAUCUUGACGACAAGUCGAGGCUGUACAGGGAUCCAUCAUUGCAGCAUGUAUUCAUGAUGAACAAUGUCCACUACAUGGCACAGAAGGUGAAGAAUUCAGCAGCAUUAAGGCACGUGUUCAAGGACGAGUGGAUCAGAAAGCGCAACUGGAAGUUCCAGCAGCACGCGAUGAGCUACGAGAGAGCCACGUGGAGCUCUGUGCUGUCCUUGUUGAAAGACGAAGGAAACUCCCAUCCGGGAUCGGUCUCUAAAGCUCAGCUCAGAGACAGGCUGAAGAAUUUCUACGUGGCGUUCGAGGACGUUUACCGGACGCAGACGUCAUGGAACAUCCCCGAUGCUCAGCUACGCGAGGAUCUACGGAUCUCAACCUCACUCAAGGUCAUCCAAGCAUACAGGAUGUUCAUCGGGAGGCACACGAACAGCAUCGGUGAUAGGCAUGUUAGGUAUAGUGCUGAUGAUUUGCAGAAUUAUUUGCUGGAUCUGUAUGAAGGGUCUCAGAUGUCAUUGCACAAUCCUCACCGUAGAUGAUGAUUGUGGUGCUGAAGUGUAUUUGUAUUAGUAUUCAUUAAUCCAGCUACAGAUCAUUAGGCUUCCUAAGGGGAAAAGGCUGCUACCAUGUCUGAAGCUUUCUUUAAUCAUAUACAUGUGUAGUUAUGUGCAUCAUGGACGUUGUAUUUUUGGUAUCAAUCAUUAUGAUAAUUGAUAUGUGAUGGGGUUCGAAGUUCAAACAUACGAAUUUUGGUCAAUUUUGGAUUGCUUAGACUAGCUUUCGAUAUUUGAAUGGUCGUGUUCCAAAUACAGGGCAUCAUUAAUG